AUGUCCGAAGUCACCUUUGCCAAAUCCUUCCUCGCCACCCUCGACAAACGCCCCAUCAAGCUCCCCGCCGACCAUGUCUCCGAUCCACGCAAAUACCCCAAUCAGAGCCCGUUCAUCCUCCCCCGCCAAACCCACCCCUUCCCCCGGCGCUCGCCCACCACCACCACUCCCGCGAAAACCCUCACCGCAACCCUCAAGCCCAUGCGCGCCGGCUCCGGCUCGCCUGUGACCCUCGCAGAUCUCGACGCCAACACUACGAUCCACGACCUCAAAGCGCAGUAUGCUUCCCAAACGGGACAGGCGGUUGAGAAGAUCAAAUUGCUGCUGAACAAGAAACCCGCCGCCGACCUCAAGACGUUGAAGGAGUUGGGGGUAAAAGGGGAUGUGGAGUUUAGCGUCAUGUUGAUGGGUGGUGGGGGAGGGACCCCCGGGGCGACGACGCCGGCGGUGGAGAAGGGUGAGCCGGUUUUGGGGGAGAAGGCGGAGAAGAUAGAUGUGGAUUCUCAAGGUCCGGCGCCGGAAAGUGAGAAGGCGAUGGCGGAGGCUGUGGAGUCGAAGGCAGAAGGGGAGGGUGUGGAUGGUAUAUUGAAGACGGAGGAGUUCUGGGGGGAUUUGAAGGGGUUCCUGGCGCAGAGGUUGCGGGAUGAGAAGGAGGGGGAGAAGUUGGUUGGGGUAUUCAGGGAGGCGUGGAAGAGCAGUUGA